AUGUCGAAAAAUAAGAGACAACAAAGUGCUCUUCCAACUCAAUUGGUUAAAAUAUUCAGUUAUGUUGAUGAAAACGAAAAGAAAUUUGUGGAAACAUUGUCACAAGUAGUUUCAAUUAAAUCUGUGUCGGCAGAUCCAGACUUAAGACCUGAAGUUGUUAGGAUGGUCAAAUGGGCUGAAGUAAAAUUACAAGCGCUUGGAGCGACUACUGAACUUUGUGACAUUGGUGAACAGGUAUUAAGUGGCAAAACUGUGCCUCUACCUCCCGUUUUAAUUGGUUCACUAGGUAAUGAUCCCAAAAAGAACACCAUUUGUUUAUAUGGCCAUUUAGAUGUGCAACCAGCCGACAUAUCUGACGGAUGGGAUAGUGAACCAUUUAUCUUAACUGAAAGAAACAAUAAAUUAUAUGGAAGAGGCUCUACCGAUGAUAAAGGUCCAGUCCUUGGAUGGCUUCAUGCUAUUGAAGCAUUCCAAAAUACUGGAACUGACUUGCCUGUUAAUCUUAAAUUUGUUUUUGAAGGAAUGGAAGAAUCUGGUAGCAUAGGUUUAGACGAGUUACUUAUUAAGAAGAAAAAUACAUUUUUUAACGAUGUAGACUAUGUUUGUAUUUCUGAUAGUUAUUGGCUGGGUACAGAAAAACCUUGUUUAACUUAUGGACUCCGUGGUAUGUGUUGUUUUGGUAUAGAAAUUGAAGGUUCAAGUAAAGAUUUACACAGUGGCAUGUAUGGUGGGACUGUAUACGAAGCCAUGUCGGAUUUAAUUUAUGUUCUCAACCAAUUAGUUGAUAUAAAAGGCAAUAUUUUAAUUCCUAAUAUUAAUGAAGAUGUUGAACCUUUAAAUGAAAAAGAAAAAGAGUUAUAUGAUAAAAUAGAAUUUGAUGUUGAUACAUACAUUAAUGAGAUUGGUGCAUCCAAACCAUUGCAAGAAACAAAAGAACAAUUAUUGAUGAGUAAUUGGAGGUAUCCAAGUUUAUCAAUUCAUGGAAUUGAAGGAGCAUUCUCAGGUCCAGGAUUUAAAACUGUUAUUCCUCGUAAAGUAAUUGGGAAAUUCUCUAUCCGAUUGGUACCUAAUCAAGAACCAUUAAAAAUUAUUGAAAUAGUGAAAAGUUACAUUCAGAGUGUUUGGGAGAAGCGUCAAAGUCCUAAUAAAUUAAAAGUUGUAACUGAAGGUGAUGGUGGUAAUCCUUGGAUGACAGAUCCAUUUAAUCCUCAUUAUUUAGCAGCUCAUAAAGCUACACAGUGUGUAUAUAAUAUUGAACCAGAUUACACAAGAGGUGGUGGAUCAAUCCCUGUUACACUGACUUUACAGGAAGUGACUGGUAAAAAUGUUCUACUUUUGCCAAUGGGUUCCGGAGAUGAUGGAGCUCAUUCUCAAAAUGAGAAAAUUGAAUUGCGAAACUACAUUGAAGGAACUAAAUUGAUGGCUGCUUAUCUUUACGAAGUAUCUCAAAUUCAUAAAACCAACUAA